AUGAAUGACUCUAAUGAGUAGAAGGAAGAUCUAGUUUAGAUUUUCACUUAAGUUAAGGAUGUUGAUGACCAAAUAUAUUGUUAGAUAAUUGAAAAGUUGAGAAAACAAAAUGUAUUAAGCUGUCUGGGAUAUCUUUCAGAUACUGAAAAUCAAAAUUAUUUAGAAGAAUACUUUUAAAAAGGAUAGAAUUCAACACAAGAAGAAAAUGAAUUUACAUAGCGUUUUGGGAGAAAUAACAUCAAAUAAAUUUUUUAUGUCAUUCAAAAAAUAGAAAAUCAUGACUUUAAUAAAUAUGACUAUACUGAAGAAUGGUAUUUGGAAUAGAGACAGGUUCUAAUAAAUAGAAUAAAUGAUUAAAAGUAGAUAAUAGGAUUUUUGAAAUUCUUAGUUCACCUUACAGCCUUAAAUGAUAAUUUAAUACAAUGCGGAUCAAACUCAUUAAAUUUAUUAGCUUAGAUGAAGGUGGACCUAAGAAAUUAAAACUUUGAAAAUAUUAGAAUUAAAAAUACUUCUUUAGUGGGAGCUAAUUUUGUGAGAUGCAACUUAAGUGGAUCUGAACUUGAUAAUGUAGACAUAAGUGGGGUUAAUCUAAAUGAGGCUUUGCUUUUUAAUUGUAAAUGGAAAAAUUUGAAAAUAUUUGAGCUUUAUAAAUUAGAAGGUCAUACUGGUGAUGUAAAGUCGGUAUGCGUUUCUUCCGAUGGAUCUACAUUAGCAUCUGGUAGUUAGGAUAAGUCUAUCCGUUUAUGGGAUGUUAAGACAGGAUAAUAAAAAGCCAAAUUGGAUGCCCAUAGCAGUGGAGUCAAUUCAGUAUGCUUCUCUCCUGAUUGUAGUCUAUUAGCAUCUGGUAGUUAGGAUAAGUCUGUCUUUUUAUGGGAUGUUAAGACAAGAAAAAAAGUUGCUAAAAUGAAUAGUCAUAAGGAUGGAAUUUUAUCAGUAUGCUUCUCUCCUGAUGGUAGUCUAUUAGCAUCUGGUAGUUAGGAUAAGUCUAUCAUUUUAUGGGAUGUUAAGACAAGAAAAAAAAUUGCUAAAAUAAUUAGUCAUAAGGAUGGAAUUUUAUCAGUAUGCUUCUCUCCUGAUGGUAGUCUAUUAGCAUCAGGUAGUAUUGAUAACUCUAUCGUUUUAAUGAAUGUUAAGACAGGAUAAUAAUAAAUGUGCAAAAUGGUUGAUCAUAGGGAUUAUGCCCGAUCAAUAUGCUUCUCUCCUGAUGGUACUUUAUUAGCAUCUGGAAGUUAUGAUAAGUCUAUUCGUUUAUGGGAUGUGAAGACAGGAGAAUAAAAGGGCAGGUUGGAUGGUCAUAGUAGUACUAUAAACUCUGUAUGCUUCUCUCCUGAUGGAACGACAAUAGCAUCUGGAAGUUAUGAUAAGUCUAUUUGUUUAUGGGAUGUUAAGACAGGAUAAAAAAAAGCUAAAUUUGAUGGUCAUGAUGAUUGUGUAAAUUCAGUAUGCUUCUUUUGCGAUGGAACUAUAUUAGCAUCUGGAAGUUAUGAUAAGUCUAUUCGUUUAUGGGAUGUUAAGACAGAAUAAUAUAAGGCCAAAUUUGAUGGUCAUAGUGACUCAGUUCUAUCAGUAAGCUUCUCCCCUGAUGGAACUACUUUAGCAUCAGGUGGUGGAAAUAUUUCUUUUUUUUCUAGUAUUAGAGAUAACUCUAUCCGUUUAUGGGAUGUUAAGACAGGGCAAGAAAAGGUCAAGUUGGAUGGUCAUAGUAGUACUGUCAACACUGUAUGCUUCUCUCCUGAUGGAACUACACUAGCAUCCACUAUCAUAAAGAAACCCUAUUUUAAGUAUAAAUUUGAUAUUAUCUUUUAGCAACCACCAAUAUAAAUAUUUUAUUAAUAUCAUAGUAAGUAGUUUUUUAAGCAUAGGGCGCUUUAAUCUUGAAAAGUGA